UGUGAGAAUCAAAACCAUAAAAAUCCGCUUCAUAACGGUGAAGUUUAUUGAAGAAAUAAAUAAAUUGCUGAUUUAUUAAGUGCUAAGAUAAUUGGCAGUUCUUUUUCUUCAAGAGUGAUGUAUAAUUGAAGAAUGCUGCAGAUAAUGGAAUUGCAUACAAAUCCAAGUAUUAAAAAAAGUAAAGAUAUUAAACGGGGAGCUGAGACAAUAUUCGAAGAUUCCAAAAUCAGCAUUAUUGAAGACAAUUAUGGAGUAUUUCGAUCAAAUGAUCCAAUUAUAUCGCUGGGAAAUUCGACGGUUAAUUCCAACAAUGCUUCUGAUCAUCCGAUAGGCAGCGGGCAUCCUACGUCGUAUUGCGAAACUAUGAUGCACUUAUUCAAAGGAAAUGUUGGUUCAGGAAUAUUUGCUCUUGGAGAUGCAUUUAGAAAUGCCGGAUUGUUUCUGGGUCCACCACUCACGAUAUUUCUCGGCAUCAUCUGUGUACACGCGCAACAUAUCCUCAUUGAAUGUAACGAUGAGGCAUGUAAACAUGUGGGUAAUAAUGUUAAAACAGAUAGUAUUGGAUAUGCCGGAACCGUCGAAUUAUGUUUUGAAAUAGGUCCACAGCGAUUACGAAAGUUUUCCGGACUAAUGAGAAAGAUAGUGAACCUAUUUAUAUGUGUAACGCAGUUUGGUUUUUGCUGUGUCUACUUUGUCUUCAUAUCAACAAACAUGUUACAGGUUUUAGACCAGUAUGGAUUCCAUUUAAGCGUCCACUGGCACAUGGCCAUUGCCUUGCUUCCGAUAAUGAUGAGCACGUGGAUAAGAAACCUUAAGUACCUGGCUCCAGUUUCUUCCAUUGCUAAUUUAUUGGUAGUCGCUGGAUAUGUCGCGACCGUUUACAUUAUGAGUUACAACUUACCGCCAAUAAGCGAGCGUGAUUAUGUCGCCGACUACCAAUCGAUUCCUCUCUUCUUUGGCACUGUUAUCUACUCAUUUGAAGCUAUUACGCUGGUGCUGCCGCUUAAAAAUGAAAUGAAAAAUCCACGGAAGUUUAGCAGUCCUCUAGGUGUCCUUAAUGUUGGUAUGGUAUUUGUCGCUGGAAUGUUCGUAACAAUGGGAUUCCUGGCGUAUCUUCAGUAUGGUGACAAAAUAGAGGGAUCUGUUACGCUUAAUCUUAAUUCUGAAGAAAUAUUGCCACAAUGUAUUAAAGUCGCUAUAUCUUUAAGCAUUAUGUUUACGUAUGCAUUGCAAUUUUACGUGCCCAUAGCAAUUAUGUGGCCGGAAAUAUUGAGAAGAUAUGGUCCUUUCCGUCAUCCAGUUAUCGUAGAAACUUGCUUCCGAUCAGCACUUUGUUUGGGAACAUUCAUACUUGCCGAAGCAAUUCCGAACCUUGGUCUCUUUAUAUCACUAGUCGGUGCAUUGAGCAGCACGGCGUUAGCAUUACUAUUUCCGCCAAUUAUUGAAAUAGUAGUACGCUCACAAAAUAAUACUCUUAGUUAUUUUAAACUAUUUAAAAAUUGUUUUAUACUACUGAUAGGAUUUCUUGGAUUUAUAACUGGUACAUAUGAAAGUAUAACAGCUAUCAUAAAAGCAUUUAGUAAAAAAGAUUAGUUUAGUUUUAAUAAAUUU